AUACCUGUAUAUGCUCAAUACCAUUGUACAAUCAACAUUAAACCACCUUUAUCCAUUAACUGUCACAUAUUCAUAAUUCAGCUUCGACUAAAAUUCGUUUCGUCAAUUUACAUAAGGCCAUUGAUUUUGUUAGGAUAAUUAUAAUUCUUGCAAGCAAGCAAAAUGCCUCUUAUUUUAUACCGGUGGAUCACCUUGAUGCUCAACUGCUACUACUAUUACAACUACACAAGCACCGUCUGACCGGACUAACCAGUUGAGAGUAGACGCUCCAUGUGCAACAACAGUUCCACAAUUACUCCGUAUCCUAGCAUAAAAAUGACGAUCAUUGCGGAUGAUAUAACGAGUGUGCAAAGAACCCCGAUUCAGGAAUUCUACGCUGACCAGAAGGUAUUUAUCACAGGUGGUACUGGAUUUUUGGGUAAAAUUCUCAUCGAGAAAUUAUUGCGAAGCUGUCCAGAGCUGUCAACAAUUUACCUUCUAAUUCGAACAAAGAAGGGCAAGGACGUUCAUAAUCGACUAGACGAUGUCUUCAAGGAUCCCAUCUUCGAUCGUCUGAAGUCAGAACAGCCCAAAUACCGGCACAAGAUAGUCGUAGUUUCGGGCGACUGCAGCCUCCCCAACUUGGGUUUGUACAACGACGACAGGGAUCUUUUGAUUCGUGAAGCAUCCAUCGUUUUUCACGUUGCCGCGACGGUGCGUUUCGAUGAACAACUCAAGUAUGCCGUUGCGAUUAACGUCAACGGCACGAAGGAGGUGCUCGACAUGUGUCGAUCCAUGUACAAUUUAAAAUCCGUUGUCUACGUAUCCACGGCGUACAGCAACUGCAACCGUUCGAUUAUCGAAGAAAAAAUUUACUCACCGCCCAUCUCAGGUGACACCCUGGGAAAGCUGACGGAAGGUAUGGACGAAGCGAAGCUGAACAAAAUUACACCCACCCUUUUAGGAGAUUAUCCCAACACCUAUGUGUUCACUAAGGCGAUCGCAGAGUCGACAGCUAAGGAAUACGGCAAGGAUCUACCCUUGGGUAUAUUCAGACCAGCAAUGGUUAUCUCGACUGCCCACGAGCCGAUCGAAGGUUGGAUCGACAACGUCUUCGGGCCAACAGGUGGAAUCGUCGGGGCCGGGGCUGGCCUUAUCAGAACAUUCAACGUGGACAGUGAAUGCACCGCAGAACUGGUGCCCGUCGACAUGACCGUAAAUGCGCUUGUUGCCACAGCUUGGGACAUUGCAAUGAACAAAAACAUAACGACCGAACCGCCAACUUACAACUACGUGGCGACGACGAAAAAGAAGAACAUCACAUGGGGCGAGUACAACAAUUUCGCCCUCAAGUAUGGAACACUGAGACCAAGCACCCGCAGUAUAUGGUGUUACGUUAACUACUCAACCAAGUACGUCAUGCUCUACAAUGUACUGACGGUACUCCUGCACCUCCUACCUGCGCUGCUUCUCGACACGGGUCUGGUUCUUACAGGACAAAGUCCAAAGAUGCUCAAGAUAUACAAAAAGAUCCACAAAUUCGCAUCGUGCACUUCGUACUUUGCGCGAAGAUCAUGGAAGUUCCAAACCGAUAAUACACAAGCACUUUGGGACAAAUUGGCUACCGAAGACAAGAACAACUUUUUCUUUUCCAUGGAGGAUUUCGACUGGGACAGCUAUAUGAACAAGUAUAUAACCGGACUAAGAAAAUAUAUUUUCAAGGAUGAUCCGAGCUCGAUUCCUGCUGCACGAAAGCGGAUGGCCGUGAUGAAGGUGUUCCACAAUAUUAUCGUAUACUCGUUCCUGGCGUUCGUGAUAUGGAUCUGCUAUAAAUUAGUGUGGCUCGGUCUGUCCUUAGGCCAUACAGCAGGAACAACUUACGUCAAUGAGAACAUCGCAGCCUUUCGGUAAAUCGAAGGAUAUUGAUAGCUCGAAACAAAAUAUGGAGAUGCUUGCUCAAGUCGCGAGAGAACUAUAACACAGUUCCAUGGAACUUACGUAUACGUGAAAUACGACGAGUGAACAUGGUGUUGUAUCGUUUUUGUACAAACAAGCAAGACGUGAAUAUUUCGAUUUGCAGUACAUAAUUUCAAGAUUAGAAAGUGAGUCCCGCGUCUUGAUUCAAGAUUGAAAGUACAGUAAGACCUAGAAUAAUAUUUCGGACAACCGUCGUUUCAGAGAAUUUCUUCAUUCUGUCUUUUUUAUUUCUUUCCCAAGACAGACAGUUUCGACAUAUCUGGAUUUAUAAGCUCACGUGUAACAGUUCGCAAUAUUGCCGCCGGUUGCAUGAUAAUUAGAUAAAAUGAACUCGAAUAGUAAUUUAGACACUCCCGAGUCCAACUUUCAAAUUUCAAAGUUCAACACCAAUUUUAAACCGCGUACACAAAUUUUUUGUCCGCAGUUUCUAAACACUGAAUUGAUCGCCUUUCUCCUCUGAUUUGCCAACUGGCUUGGUGAAUUAUUUUUAGUCAAAUUUCUCUGCAGUGGGAGAAGAAAACCGAACUAUGGUCUAUCUUUUCAUAACUUCAGGUAUCAAUGUAUAGGUACAGGUCACAAGAUGGCAAUGAGAAUAAUUCACUCUCUUAAGGUGAUGGUAGUUUGAACAGUUCUAAGAAGUCCCUCACAUAUCUGUGACGUGUAAAAAUACUUUUAGAAUAAUAUAGUAUACAGCGAUAGUCGUGAAGUAUCUAUCGGAUAAGAACCAAUAUGCACCAGUCAAGGAUCGUGAGAGGAUUUUUGAGUAUAAAAACGUGCUACGUAGAAAGAAUUUAGAUGCACUUCGAACUUUUCAAUAAGUAUAAAUUAAUCACCAUUCAUCGUAUUCAUUACCUACCGUUAGUGCGGGUAACCUUAAUGAUUUCACGGAGACCGAUAAUUAUUAAAAAUAUUUGACGGUUUGAUUAUGACAUACCAACGUGUAGAUCUGACUUUCGUUAUCUUUUGCAUUCCUUCCAUACAAGGGCUGUUUCAACGAAGCGGUUGAGGCGUCGACAUCAUUGGAAAUCACUUUUUAAUCUCCGAAAUGCCACUGAAAUCAGUAACAUUGAAACGAAAUUCUGUAUCAGUAAUCAUCAGGGGAAUGAUUGGUAGUCAUGAGCAAUCAUCUACGAUUACAGGAAUUUCUUUAUAAUCUUGAGAAAUCAUAAGAAAUCUUAGAAAUCAUGAAAAAUGACGUAAUUAAAGUAAAGCUUAAUUGUCAAGUAAACUCUCGUAAUCACUCUAUAAUAGUGGCAAUUUUUGCUUCGGUAAAACAUCCCUUGCUCUCAAAUUUUACCAGGGCAACUUGAAGCUUCACUGUAUACGAAAUAUAGUUGAGAUUCGGGAAAAGUCUAGUAGCGCCGAUAAAUGCUGUACGAGAUUAUAAAGAAGAACUGAUAAUCGACUGACCUGUCCUACUUAUUAACUCAACAUAUUUGCUCCAUCCACGUAUCGGUAUUCGAAUAAUUUGUACAGUAGCAUAUUAUCAUACGUUUUAUUUUAUUUUUAUAAACGGAAGGAUUUUAGUACGACAACGAAAGAAAGACACUUUUUGCCAGUUUCCAAACCCCGUUUUAUUCUACAGCUUUACGUGAUAUAAUUUAAUGUUUAAGGAUAUCGUUUUAGUUAUAAGUCGCAUACGUUUGUGUUUUAUUGCAUACCGAUAUUGAUUUAUCGAUCACAUUAUAAAAUUUUGUAAAAUAAAUGAAACAAUAAAAGAAUUUAUCCAAUGAAAA